GGAGCAACUCUCGGGGGGAGCCCACCUUUCACUUGCACUUUCCGUGUAGCACAGUACCGUACAGCACUCGAGUACAGUACCGUACGAUACUGCUUCUACCGCUUCCCCCACACUACCCGUACCGUACCGCACCGCCAUCACCAGCCCUACCGUCCCCGUCCCCGUCCCAAACCUGUCUCACUCUCGUCCGAUUUCGGGGCCAGAGAAUCACGCAAAGAUACCUCGAUUCGCAAACCUCCCUAACGACCCCGCACCACUCGGUUUACCGGUAUAUCGACACUGGAUGAUACCCGCGCCAUACAGUCCCUGCCUUGCGCAACUCCCGUGCGGAAAAUGGGGCCUAAACAAACAUUCCGACAAACAAAUCUCAUCACAUUUACCCCAGCAAAUGAACAUGAUGCCUUUCAACUACCAUGUGUUCCCUGAAACCUAAGGUCCCUUAAACCUUCGCAUGGCCUUACUUACCAACGUCGAAAAUCGGAGAAAUCAGUGGCGGAGCAGGCCAAAUUUGACCCAUUAGGUAAGGGGAGAGUUGGAGAUAAUCUAGUGAUCCAAAUCAUUUAAUGCAGAACAAGAGGGUUAUCCGAGCGGGGGUUAAUGUUUCAGGAUCGUAGAACCCCAAAUAAUUGGAACGUGUGCUAGGUGGUCCAAAAUUUCCUUCAUUGGAAAAGGGGCGAAAAACCAAGAGCAAAAGGUAUUUCUUCAGCCCCUCCGAGAGGCAUGAGAAAACAAAAAAAAAACAGGCCUUACCGGUACUGUACCAGAGGAGGCAGCUCGAACAACAUAGCACACGGACCAAUUAUUUGGCAUUCCAGGGUACGAAUAUUAGUCAAAAUUUGCUGAGUCCCCGAAAAUACGAUAUGCUGACAAAAGCACAGCAGAAGACAAGUUGCCCCGAGAGGUAAGCAACUCUCUACAACGUCAGCUACGUCCAAUUGACAAAGCCCGAGCGUUAUUUCGCUCCGACAAAGCCAGCCCGCCGAUAUCAUGGAUUUGCAAUGUCAUUCAUGUCAUCUAUGCUCCGAUCACCUAGUCCGGGAACUGAUUAUUUCCGGCAUAUUCUUUAGCCUUUUCUAAAGUUGUCUAACAACGCACGGUGGUUAUUUUUCAUCUUUUAUUCGCGAUUUGUCAAUUAUGCCCUUCCCCUUCAAAAUACUUGGGGUUUAACCUAGGCUUGCCCUAUUUCCCCUCCGACACCAAGCUAUACUAACUCGGAUAGUUGUUUCGAUUGAAGAUAUUGCUACUACCGUACUUCUAUGCUGUUAGGUUGCGGUAUCCUAGUGUAGCCACUAGCCCUUACUCAGGACUAAAUGGCAUGUUAUAAGAGAGGAAGAAUGAGGUUUCAGGUUGAGAUCACCUAUGCCGUUUGACCUUCGCUCAAUGGGUGUAUCCAGGAUCGCGUUGAGGAGACCUCGAGCCUCGUGACUAGGGCUUACAGGCGUUGGUUCUAGUGCAGAUAGCGCGCUAUAUAUUUCGGGCCUGCGAACGCAGAUCCCCUUGGCCCCAAGACAUAGGAUUCCCCGUGGAACAUUCCAAAUUACCCUUACGCCUCAUUCGCUUAUGCUUCCAUGAAGCCGGGUAUGCGGGCCUGAAUGGCAUUAGGUACAGGGCGCGGCACGCUAUAUAUCAGGCCUGCAGCAACGUUCUGGCAUCCCAAAUGUCGAUAUUUGCUAUCACCUUGCAGCUACGGGAAGCACGCCCGGGCCAAGUCGCAGCCGAGGGAUAAGAUACUGUAUCUAGAAAUACACCCAUGCCUAAUGUUUCCUCACGGCGACUUUCAGCUCGAACCGGGGGAGCCUCUUUCGUAGCAAUACUCUAUAUCCUAAUUAGUCUCUAUCUAGACAGUUUCGUAGAUUACUACGAUGACCUCUAGACAAGUUCAAUUCCGGGAGCCCUUGGCUGCUAUUGGCCCAGGAAGCUUCUCUAUAUAGUUUAUUUCUACUAUAUAAUGGGGCCUUCUCCCCUUCCAAGAAUUAACCAUCCAAACAACAUUCUUUCGUCCUUUACCUCCUUCUGAUUCCCCACUCAAAGAGUUCACAGUAUCAUAAGAGAAACCCACCUAUCCCGUCCCCAGCCUCUAUAGACAGCUCUCAAUACUCUCCUCAUAUAUCAAUCCUUUAAGCCCCACAUUUACAACAAUGACCUCCCAAGAUCUCUUUGCCAAUUCCGUGAGAGAUAUCAUCAAUGCCAAUAGAGAGCUCAAGAAAAGCCCUGACGGCUGGCAAAGUUAUAUCGGCACUAUUCACUCCUGUGUAAACAAUAUCGACAUAAGCGGCGUCAUGCUGGACAAUGGGCGCCUCGGGGAGCGGUUACAGAUCAUCGAUGAAGUCCAAGAAUUUGCCUACUUCGAUGCAGACAAUGGCGGGAUAGAUGUGCUGGCGCGUUGGUGUGAGAAAGAAUGGAACAGGAUCAAGGAGAGCUAUCCAGAACAUGCUACAGCUUUUGAAGGUAUUGAAGAGUGGCCCCCGCCCUGACUACUCCCAUUACAGCCAUUCCAGAUUUCCCACAGGAGAUGGGCUUACCCGGCAUAGGUCACGGACGGUGGUGGCUCUUGAAUGCGCAGCAAUAUGUGGCUAAGAUUUCACGAGAGGAAGGAUCCGACGAGGAAGAUGCCGUCGCAGACAGAAGACGAGGCACCGAGGAUUACUACCAGGCGCGUGUGGCCUUCUCAUCUGCUGUGGGCUUGUUCAAGCAGUCCGAAGAGAAUGCCAAAAAGCACCACUGCUUGACCGGCAAGCUCUUGGAGCUUGUAAGUUAUACACUUUCACCCCUAUUAACAGGGAUGACCCUUUGCUGCUUCGCAGUGCAGAGUGCGUAGCUGACGGGCUUUUGUUAUUUUUUUUGGCGGAUAGAAGGCAGAAGCUUGUAUUUCCCUUGGAAACGUUUCCUCGACGAGGGAUUCCCGGCCGCACUUUGAAGCUGCGCUCGACGCACUAAGAGCGGCGGAGAGAUUACAAGGGUACAGGCUGCCUACUCACCUCACCCAGUAUGUAUCAUUGGUCCGUCAUAUCGGACGAUUGCUAAUCAGCUCCGGCAGAUACCUCCGUGAGCACGAGUAUGUCCUGAGGUAA